AACCGAGACCACAAGUUGCAGUCAAAUAAUUUUAUGAAUGCAUGGAUAGCUCGCUAAAGUGUGGCAUUUCUGCAGAGUAUCCGAGCUCUGAAACGCUCGAUCCUCGCUUAUCGCGUUUCUCAGUUUCCCCGAGACGCACGCGGCCUCGAAUGACCUCGACCCUUGGAAUCGCCAAGCAUUGUCAGCGUAUUCUUCCUUUCCUCUCUUUCUCCCUCAGUCCAGACUCCAGCCUGAAAUCGGACAACGACACGCGUGCGUCAUGCUCGCCCGUUUUAUCGGUCGGUCGGUCGGUUGCCGUCAUCGUCGCCGCCACCGCUGUGCUUCCGCAAUUGCGUAGCAAUGAGUCACCGCGCAUACCCACCGCCGAUUCAGUCGUGCACCAUAUAUUCAUUAAUAUUAUUCUCCUCGUGUGCUUAUACGUGUCACAUGCCUCUCGUACACUCCUGCAUACGUCAGCGUUAUGGCAUGGUGUGAUCCGCUGCGGACUCAGCGUGAAUGAGAGAAGAGAUGUGGCCAAGAGCCGAUUCCUAAAUUUUAUCGCUCAGUCGCUCGCAAACAAUGAAUCCGUCGACGCAAACCAGUGCCGAGAACAAUAGAGGAGACAAUGACAGCAUCGAUGUUUAUAACUGCGACGAGGGCGAUGGAGAAAGGCUGAUCAAGCCUAGAACAAUUUUAGAACCAAGAAACAAUUUUGCAUCAUACUCCAACGAGAAUAUCGAUUCCGUGCGAUUUCCGCACAUCGCCAACGUUAACACAGCGUGCAGCGACAUAGAGGCUAUCUCAGGUCACUCCAGAAGGCUGUAUAUCAGGGAUAUAACUCCAGGGGCGACUAAUUUCAUAUCAACCAAUUACGAGAGUCUGGAUUAUGACCCGUGCGAAAAUUACCUUCUACAAGACGAAGAGAGAAAGAGAGGAUACAAGUUUAUCGUUAGGAAGAACUUCGCCAGAUGGUUUAUCUUUCUCCUGAUUGGAAUUUGCACCGCUCUCAUAGCGUGCUUCGUAGAUAUAUUGAUAGAGGAAUUAUGUAGCUUAAAAUAUGGCUGGCUUAAGAAAUAUGUGGACCAAUGUGUGAUAGAAGGCUGUCUAUGGUUACCAUGCAUGAUGUGGAUAAUGCUGAAUAUGGUACCAGUUUUAAUAGGUGCUAUCUUAGUGUCCUAUGUUGAGCCCGUUGCCGCAGGGAGUGGUAUUCCGCAAGUAAAGUGUUACUUGAACGGAGUCAAAAUACCGAGAGUAGUGCGCAUUAAAACUCUGGCUGUGAAAACUAUCGGUGUUAUAUGCACCGUAGUCGGCGGCCUAGCAGGAGGCAAGGAAGGUCCUAUGAUCCAUUCCGGUGCCGUCGUAGCCGCGGGAAUCUCUCAGGGUAAAAGCACCACCUUUAAGAAAGAUUUGAAAAUAUUCGAAUAUUUUAGGGAGGAUCACGAGAAACGAGAUUUCGUAUCCGGGGGCGCCGCGUGUGGUGUGUCGGCGGCUUUCGGAGCACCCAUCGGUGGAGUUUUAUUUAGUAUAGAAGAGGGUACUAGUUUUUUCAAUCAAAGCCUCACAUGGAGAACAUUCUUUGCCAGCAUGAUCACUACGUUCACUUUGAACGUGAUCUUGAGCGCGUACCACGGACACCUUGGAGAUCUUUCGUAUCCUGGCUUGCUGAAUCUAGGAAAAUUCGACUCGAUUCCGUAUCAAAUCUACGAGAUACCUCUGUUCAUGAUGAUGGGCACGUUCGGCGGAUUACUCGGCGCUCUUUGGAACCACGUCAAUUACAAGAUCACCUGCUUUCGUUUGCGAUUCGUGACGCAAAAGUGGCAGAAAGUGAUCGAGGCCCUCCUGGUGGCGAUCUUAAGCGCGACGAUGGGAUCCCUGAUGAUAUAUUUUGUCAAUGACUGCAAACCAUUAGGCAACGAUCCGACUAAGUUCCCGGUUCAAAUGUAUUGCGAGGAAGGGCAGUACAAUGCGGUCGCCUCUCUGUGGUUCCAAACCCCGGAAAGCAGCGUACGAUCCUUGUUUCAUGAUCCCAAAGGAGCUCACGAUGAUCUGACGCUAGCCAUUUUUGUCGUAUUGUAUUUCUUUCUCGCUGCCGCGACUUUCGGCCUGUCAAUGUCGAGUGGCCUUUUCAUUCCCUCUCUAUUAAUCGGAUCCGCAUGGGGUAGAUUAAUUGGAUCGGGUCUCGCGAAGCUGUGCCCAACUUGUGAAGUAUUAGAUCCUGGCAAAUAUGCUUUGUUAGGUGCUGCCGCGCAAUUAGGAGGAGUAGUUAGAAUGACGAUAAGUUUAACUGCGAUCUUAAUAGAAGCAACUCAGGGAAUAUACUUUGGUUUGCCUGUCAUAAUAGUCCUUAUAAUGGCUAAGUGGGUUGGCGAUUUCUUUAACGAGGGAAUUUACGAAAUUCACAUACAAAUGGCAGGGAUUCCAUUACUUCCGUGGGAGUCGCCUCCGCUCUCAAAUAAUAUUUACGCAACUGAGAUAAUGAGUCAUCCUGUCGUGACAUUGAAGACUGUCGAAAAUGUCGGGCACAUUGCCGAGCUACUGAAAUGUGUUACAUUUAAUGGAUUUCCAGUAGUUGACCCACCAAGUAGCGAUGAGGCCGAGAUAAAUUCGUACGGCCGACUACGAGGUCUAAUAUUGCGUUCCCAAUUAAUAGUACUUUUAAAAAACAAAGUGUUUAAUGAGUACGCGGAAUUUUGGGAGAAAUCUUUAAGCAUAAAAAUGUUCAGAAACGAGUACCCUAGGUAUCCGACCAUCGAGCAAGUCGACAUCACCGACGAAGAGAAAACUUACACGAUUGACCUGAGACACUUUAUAAAUCCUUCUCCCUAUACGAUACAACACUCUGCAACACUGCCAAGAGCAUUCAGGCUCUUUAGAGCACUGGGAUUACGUCACGUACCAGUAGUAAACGAUACCAAUGAAGUAAUUGGUAUUAUCACUCGAAAAGAUGUCGCCAGAUUCAGGAUAUGGAAGCAUCGUGGGAGAAUGGGAUUAGACGAACUUUUAAUUAGUAACAAGAUUUAAUUUUUUUAUAGAACUCCACUUUCCUCAAAUUUUACGCGUUUAAAAUUUCUAGUCUAUUGUAACAAUGUAUUUUUUACAUGAUAGACAUGUAUGUAUACACACAUAUAUCGCUAAUGAGGCUCGAAAAUAAUUUGACAGAUUAUGGCUAGCUUUCCAGCGAACGACACAAGUGUCGUUUUGUCUUUGUUAAUCAUUGCCAAAAAAGAUAGAACGACGUUUGUGUCGACUUGAAUAGAAAUGCAUAAUUGCAUUAAGAGAAGUACGUCAAGAUCUUUCUAUACAUGUUUGUAUAUGUGUGUGUACAUAUAAGGCAACUUGAGGUACCAUUUAGCUCAUAUUUUAAUAAUAGAAAGUUUUAAUUAUUUACAAAUAAUUCCCACCCAAGCCAUGACCAAAGCUUAAAGAAAAGAUACACGGGUAGAAUGACUAACAGUAACAGAAAAUAGUAUUCAUACGACGAUAUAUACAUGUCGAACAGCUUUAGCUGAUAUUUUAUCCGUCGAGAUCGAUUCUCCCUGAUGAGAUAUUUACACUUAAUAUACUACAAAUUUUUACAUAUGUAUCCUGAAACAAAAAACGAAGUAUUCUGUUGUACAAUGAAAAAUACAUUUAUUUAUUUUUACAAU